AGGAUUUCACCCCAGUUCCAUAUAAGGCUUUACCACCUCCAAAAGCAGAAAAAACGUUUCCUCCUUAUACUGGAUUUGGUUCCGAAGAGGAUUCUCUAUGCUCCUGUAUGGGUCUGCUUCUCAAGCCUCCCCAAAAAGAUUUCAAGAAAUUCAUGGAGAAAGACAGAAGUGGCAUGGAAAGUAACAUACUGCGCUUUCUUGCAAAACUCGUCACAGAUAGUCCUGUUGACAAAGAUCGGAAAUUCAUUAUUUCCUACUUCCUGAGUGAUGACACUAUUUCAGUUUUUGAACAUAUACAGCAAAACACAGGGAUACUUGGUGGGAAGUGCUUGGAAAGAGGUCGCAUUAAGAAGCCUGGGCAGGAGCUCUUUAAGAGUGAGCCAUCUGAAUAUUUCAAGGCUCAGAAUCUGUUUGUUGGAGCCAGAGUUUGUUUCCAUGGUCACAACUUUCUUUUGGUGGAUGCUGAUGAGUACACGUUCAACUACAUGGAGAAGCAUGCAAAUGAGUUCUCUGUGGCUGAUAUUGGUGUCAUCCUCAAGAAACUGAAAGACAUAGCGGAACCUCGUUCCCGAGAAAUCAGACAGGUGUUUGCAGCUGCUGACCCUGAGCAUACCAAGGUGAUUGAGUAUGACCCUUUCAGAAAUUUGAUAUUCAAUAUCACUGAUGGAGCAUUUUCAGAGCAUGAAAUUGUGACUCUUGGGCGCUGUUACAGUGUGAGAGAUGAAUAUGAAAUGGACCUCCACUUACUUCUUGCAGUGGCUCAAGAACAACUAAAGAAAAAUGGCUUUGAGAAUUUUGAACAACUGUCUGCAGUGCUUAUAUACAAUGACCGUGAAAAAUGUGGAGUGCUGCCCCAUGAGAUGUGCAGGACUAUUUGCAAGUCUUUUAAGUUGCCAGUGGCUGAUGAUGAUCUGCAAGCUUUACUGACCAUGUUUGAAGAUGACCAUAAGCAAGUUGAAUAUAAAAAGUUUGUGGAUGGGCUGAACUGGAGAAAGAAUCAGAUCCCUGCUUUCCAGAUGAUAAAGGUUCCUCUCAAGAAUGAAGAUGACUGGAGCAGACGUCCACCAUCCCUUCCUGUGAAAGGGAUCAGAUACUUACCUCUGCUGGAUGAUCUGUUUGGCAAGGAAGAAUAA